GACUCUCAGAGGGUGUAGAACUGGAGGCAGCAUUCACUGGCCAUGCCAGUACUUACCACUGAUGCUGAGUCAGAAACAGGUAUCCCAAAAUCCCUUUCCAAUGAGCCUCCCUCAGAAACCAUGGAGGAAAUCGAGCACACAUGCCCACAGCCUCGACUGACCCUGACUGCACCUGCCCCAUUUGCAGAUGAAACCAGCUGCCAGUGCCAAGCACCCCAUGAGAAACUGACCAUUGCUCAGGCCCGCUUAGGAACACCAGUUGACAGACCUGUCAGAGUAUACGCAGAUGGAAUAUUUGACCUCUUCCACUCAGGUCAUGCAAGGGCACUUAUGCAAGCAAAAACACUGUUUCCCAACAGCUACUUGUUGGUAGGAGUUUGCAGUGAUGACCUCACCCACAAAUUCAAAGGUUUCACCGUGAUGAACGAAGCAGAGAGAUACGAAGCGCUGAGACACUGUCGCUAUGUGGAUGAAGUCAUCAGAGAUGCUCCGUGGACACUCACGCCAGAGUUUCUGGAAAAACACAAGAUUGACUUUGUGGCCCACGAUGACAUUCCGUACUCCUCUGCUGGCUCUGAUGAUGUUUACAAGCAUAUAAAGGAAGCAGGAAUGUUUGUUCCAACGCAGAGAACGGAAGGCAUCUCAACAUCAGACAUCAUCACCAGGAUUGUCCGUGACUAUGAUGUUUAUGCCCGACGCAAUCUCCAGAGAGGGUACACAGCCAAGGAACUGAAUGUCAGCUUUAUAAAUGAGAAGAAGUACCGCUUCCAAAACCAGGUAGACAAGAUGAAGGAAAAGGUCAAAAACGUGGAGGAAAAAUCAAAGGAAUUUGUUAACAAAGUGGAAGAAAAGAGUCAUGAUCUAAUUCAAAAGUGGGAAGAGAAAUCGAGGGAAUUCAUUGGCAACUUCCUAGAACUGUUUGGGCCUGAUGGAGCAUGGAAGCAGAUGUUCCAGGAGAGGAGUAGCCGGAUGCUGCAGGCCUUGUCCCCGAAGCAGAGCCCUGUGAGCAGCCCCACCAGGAGCCGGUCCCCUUCACGCUCCCCGUCGCCCACCUUCUCGUGGCUCCCGAACAAAAGCUCACCCCCCUCCUCACCCAAAGCAGCCUCAGCCUCCGUCAGCAGCAUGAGCGAGGGGGAUGAGGAUGAGAAGUAA